GAAAGAUAAGAAGGUCAAACAGGAAGAGCUGUGCUGGAGUGAGUUUUGAGCAGAGCUGAGGAAGGCGCAGAUCUGCCUGCUCUUUACCAGCAUGUUAUAGCGGAUCAGGCUUGGAAAAGAUUGUUGAUAACGUUAAUUGUAGCACUGUGAGCAAUCACAAAUAUGGAGAGCUUGGCAGCAGCAGGCAGCACAUCCAUGCUUAGUACUAAUGCCAUCGUCCCUGGUCUGGAGGGAAAGCAAGAGAGGAACCUGGGGAGGAAAGAAAUGGAGCAGAGGAGGUGCAGGUCUCACUGGAAACAUGCAGAGGCCAAUGCUGCCAUUAGCACUGUGAGGGGUGGAGUCAGAAUGGACACGUUGCAAGAACAAACAGAGUGUUCUCAAAGUGAAAAAUGCAUGAGUGUCAGUUCCAGGACCAUUCCCAGACAUGCAGAGAAUUUUCCAACUGAUAUCUCCUUGAAGUUAAUGAUGGUAAGACGAAAGAGUCAAUGUCCUGAUCCCAGACUCCAAAGACAGCUCAGAGGGCAGCUCCGUCUUCUGGAAAAUGACAGCAGGGAGGUGAUGGCAGUUUUCAAUGAGCUCUCUGCUAGACUGCUGUCUAUUCAUAGUGAUCAAGACCUAAUAGUGGUGACAUUUAAAACUUUUGAAGAAAUAUGGAAGUUUCUAACCUACCACUCACUGGGUUUUAUAAAUCAUUGCAUGGAGAAUUUAUUCUUAGAUCAAUCUUUCUGGCUGUAUUCUCAAGAGGAAGAAGAAACAGGCAUUGAAGUCUGUAUAAAUGAAAAAUCAUUAGAGUUGAUGUACAGAAGCUUGCUAGUACAGGAAGGGGCAUUUUUUGUUUUAUGUCCUGACAAUCUAAUAAGAAAGGCAAUUGCUCCAGACAAUGAAAUAAACACUCAUUGUGAGUCUGGGGCUUUUACUGAAGAAGUAACAGAUGGAUCUGUGGAUGGUGAUAUGACCGUGCUGUGUAAUGCUUCUCUGGAGCCAUUGAUCCCUUUUCAUCAAUGGUUUCUUAAAAGGUAUUCUAAUCCUAUUGAUUUUACAUACAAAACGGAAGCUAAAUCCAUCAAGAAAGUUGUAACGGGAUCCUGUCUGGCUGUGAUGAAUUAUGAAAGUAUUGUGUUGGAAGAGAUGAGUUUCCAGGAAGGGGACAAAAUUGAGAUCGUUGGCUACUUCAUUGAAUGCAUGGCAUGGUUUCUUGGAAGACAUGUGUUUACUGGCCAAAUAGGUUUUGUAAAGACAAGUCACGUUAAACUGGAUUUAUCUAGAAAUAAAACACAAGACCUGGGUUUUCUUGAAGCAGAAGAGCUAUCUUUUUUUUCAAAAGAAAAAAAUUUAGAAGAAGUGAUACAUCUGUUAAAACAAACUUCCAUCACAGAUGUUUGCUCUGUGUACAGAAUAGACCAAUUAGAAGAACCAGAAUUUCAGAAAGCUCAUGAAUAUGAAAUUCCACAUUCAAAUUCUAACACAGGAUCCACUAGCAAGAAUGGCAAGAUAGAAGAAUUCCUGAAGAACUUCAAGAAUUUGGAGGCCACUGAAGCAGAAGAGGCAACUACUGAAGGAGAGGAUUCUGCUGGCUCUCCAAAUAAGGAACUCUUUCCUCCACCUGAAGGACCUUGCUUCCAAAUAUGUCAAGAUGAUGUCCAAGCAUCUGACAUCUUGGAGUCAUUGUUACUCUUCUUAAAUAGGAAAGAGUAUGAGAAAAACUUCAAAAGCCUGUAUGAUUUCUCUUAUCCAUUUAUCAAUAGCAUGUUUUAUGGGUUUUCAGAAGAAGAAGAACUGGUUAGUUUUUUCAGGUUAGCAAGAGAAGCAGCAAAAAAGGCAGGUAUGUCCUGGGCACUGGCAAGGAUAUGCUUUCUCUUAGGCAGGCUCAGUGUCAAAAAGCUGAAAUUUUCCCAAGCUCGGGUGUAUUUUGAGGAAGCAUUGAGAGCAGUAGCUGGAGGAUUUAGUGAUUUGUACUUUAUAAUUGCUCUUUAUACAAAUCUAACAGUCAUCUACUUGACACAAAAGAACAAAGAAAAAUGUGCUCAUGUUUUUGACAAGGCUACAUCUCUUCUCAUGGGAAUUCCCAACUACAUUUGCAGUGCUGACCUGGAGUCAGAUAUUCUAAAAUAUGCUCUGAAAAGGACAAUUCUGAGCCAGAACAAACAUGCAGAGGCAAGGGCGUGCUUUCUGCUGGCAAAACAUUACAAUGUGCACAAACAGCAUGAAGAGGCACUACCAUUCUUGGAAAGGUUUCAACUGUUGCUUAAUGACUUGGGUUUACAAAACAACUUAUCAAACAACUGUUACUUCAAACUAGCAGAGUCCUACAAUGAAAAGUGUUUGCCACACAUUGUAUUAAGUUGCAUAAAGGUUGCCUCUUCUCAGAGCUCCAAUACUUUAAUGGAUUCCUUGAAAAGGAUUGAUUUAGUCAUCAAAAAUGCUCCCAAGCUCUGUGGCCUGAGAAAACUCAGACAAAUACUCCCAUCCCAAAUUGCACCUUACCUCAUACAAGCACUUUCCUCUGUGUUUACUAAUGAGCAGCAAGAACUAUGCAGCACUAUCUAUCUUAGCUUAGCAAAACUAUACAGUCAUCACAAACGGUAUGGAAAAGCCAUUGUUUACAUGAUGAAAGCACUGGACUCUGUUUCUGCUAAGCCAGAGGAAAUUAUUAACUAUUUGGUCUCACUUGCUUGGCUAUACAUUCUUUAUAGGCAAUAUGAUGUGGCUUUAGAUGUUUUAAAUGCUGUUGUAGAGUCUUCAUGGAGCAAUUCUCAACAGCUAGGGGUUGCUUAUAAUAUGCUUGCUAUUGCUUUGAAAAGAACAAACAAUACAAAAGAAGCUGCUGAAAGCUACUACAAAGCACUGCGUCUCUCCGAAGAGACUGAUAAAGCUCAUAACCAAGCUAUAGCCCUGGCUAAUUUUGGGGCACUCUGCUUGCAUGCAGCAGCCAGCAAGCUGGCAGAACAUUAUUAUAUCAGGGCAGUGAAGCUAUUCUCAAAACUUCCAAGUACGGAUUGUGGCCAAGACUUUAUCCAAGUCCUCCUUCAGCUGGGAUGUUACUAUGUUGGUGGAACUCAAAGAGAAAAAGGAAGGCUUUAUUAUGAAUGGGCUUUUUUAGUUGCAAUGGAAACAAGUCAUUUGGAAAGUCAGCUACAAGCAAUCAAACUGCUGUGUCAGUUCUACAGUACAGUUGUUCCUGAUGAGGCUCAGUGUGUCAUCUACAAUGAAUAUCAACUAUCUUUAGCUAGAAAGAUGUCCAACAAAGUUCUGGAGGGACAAAUUUUGGAAACCAUUAGUCAGCUGUAUUUGUCUUUAGGAACAGAAAGGGCUUACAGGUCAGCUCUGGAAUAUACCAAAAGAAGCCUUGGAAUAUUUAUAGAUCUCCAGAAAAAAGAGAAAGAGGCAUAUGCUUGGCUACGGGCAGGAAAGAUAUAUUAUUUUCUGAGGCAGAAUGAGCUUGUGGAUCUUUAUAUUCAGGUUGCUCAGGAUGCUGCUCUUUACACAGGAGAUCCAAAGUUAGGAAUGGAAUUGUUUGAAGCUGCUGGAGACAUAUUUUUCAAUGGUACUUGGGAAAAGGAGAAAGCAGUGACUUUCUACAGGGACAGGGCUCUUCCACUUGCCGUUCAGACUGGGAACAAAACCACUGAACUCAGAUUAUGCAAUAAACUGGUGGAACUGCUCGUGAAUCUGAAAAUUUAUGAGGAAAGCCUGGAAUAUGCAAAAGCAUCUCUCAUGCUCAGUGUAAAAUUAGGAAAUCAGCUAAAUGAACGAAUAGCUUAUCAUCGGCUGGCUGCCAUCCAUCAUCAUUUGGGUCACUGUGAACUAGCUGAACACUUUUAUUUAAAGGCCUUGUCCCUUUGUUCCUCUCCUCUGGAGUUUGAGGAGGAAACACUGUAUUACGUCAAGGUGUACUUGAUCUUAGGAGACAUUAUAUUCUAUGACCUUAAGGAAGCACAACAUCAUUUUACAUUGAAUUUAUCACAGAAUUGUAAUUGAACAGCAAAGUUGGAAUUUACACAUUCUGGGAGGAACUAAAUAUGAGCUAAAGGAAUUUACUGUCAAGAUCUGUUCCCUUCGAUCAGGAGUGGUAGGAUUCAUCUUCCCUCCAGCAAGCACCUGUUAGAUGGCUCUACUCUCUUUAACAUCGGAGAAUGGUCAACUCUCUACAAUGUAGAAUUUUAUAGGUGGGUGACAUGAAUCUUACCUUGUGUGCUUCCUGAUUGAAGUCUUUAUAAAUGGAAGCUUGUUUAUUUGAGAUAUAAAUGUCUUGUUUUCACAUAGCUGUUAUGUAAAUAAUAAAUUUUGGCUAGAUAACUGGCAGAACAUUCUUCUAGUUCAAUGAAGCAAAAAGGUAGAACAGCAUGGAGUCUAGAUGCCUUGUAGAUAGGGUAUAAAAAGCAUAAAUCUGCAGGGUCUGUUUGUUAGAAAAGACAGAGUGUGGGAUGUUUGAAUGAUAAAUAAAAAAGACAUAGGAAGCAUAUGUAGAUUCAGAGAGCUUCUACCUAGAACUAGUUGUGUAGCUAGUCAGUAGCAAAAGUUUGAUACUCUUAAUGAGCCAGAAAAAAAAGCCCUGCUGAGCUGUUAAGAGUUCUGCAGGCACGAACACUGUAGGUAUUUCUGUUUGAUUUGAAAUAACAAGGUUCUACUUCCAGGAAGGUAUGAACUGGUGCCUGUAAACAGCUACAUAUCUAGAACCUUGUCAGAUACAGUGCCAGACAUUUGUGGUGUAUUCUUAUGCAGGAAUGAUAUACGUUGCCAAGUGACACUCCUUUAUUUUUAAAAUGGGAUUACAGAGAAGGGAAUGGUAGUGAUGCUAUCAUGGUGUGGAAUACUUAAUUUCUUGAGUGACUUCAACCCUCAUGCUCUUCUCCAACCGUAGAAGCUCACAUUUCUGAAGAGGAAAAUACAGAAUAACCUACUCAGUAGGCUAGGGGCCUGUCUGUCUCUCCUGGUCAGAUAAAAAGACAUGCCCAACACUGCAUACUCUCUGGGUGUCUGUAAAAGAGAGUGUACCCCUUUCCUCUUGUGGUUAAGGCAUUCAAUUUAGAGUAAAGGGAGGCUGAGCUUCAUCACCUAUGCUCUGAAAGACAUGCAUUAAGCAUCUCUUCAUAAAAUUGUCUUUGGAGUGGAAACUGGCACACAAGAUUCCUGGUCGUUGGGUAUCCAUUAGUCUUGGUUUUUGCUAGAGUAAGAGCUCCACUGCUUUCUCAUGUCCCCAUUUUUGAAGCUUUGGCCUCCUCAGAGAAGUUAAGCCUGCUUCAUGCAGGGUUUUUUCAGGGUGUAAUCCAUUCGGUUUUAACACUUCAUUUUUUUGCAGGAUCGCCAAGCUAUAGAGUUUGCCAGUCGAGAAAGCCUUUAGCCACGUGGUGGCACUCUCUAGCUUUACAUCAGUGGCCUCCAGUCCAGAAGGUUCGGAAAGGGAUUCAGAAAACUGAGAAAGUAACACGUUGUUCCUCCAUCACCCUUCCUUUCCAACUAAAAUCUAAUAUCUCUUUAAAAACCAACAAACCAACCAAAAAAAAGAACCCUGAAACCCCACCCAUAAAACCCCCUUAAAACUGAUGCCUUCAAAAAUGAUGACCUAAAGCCUAGCUAGGUCUUCAAGUCCCUUUUCCAGGACAAGUGAAAAGACAGAUCUUCCCGAGACAAGCAUCUGUGUGCUCUGUUGCAAAGGAAAUCUGCUCCAAGAAAGCAAUGGAGCACUUGCAGGGAGUAGGAGGAAGAGUUGAAAUAAUAAUUCUAAGCUAAUUUUAAAUGCUUGAAGUUCUGUUCACAGACAACCUAGAGAAAGUUCACUGCUUUGAUGUAGUACACAGCUUUAUUUGGUAACAAGAAAAGUGGAGUGUAAAUACAGAACACUGUGGCAGAGAAGAAACGUAGUAAACGAGGUUAGAGGCAGGCAUGUGCUGAAAAAUAUUGGUGCUAGUUUAAAAUGGUCAACUCUUGACAGCUACUUGUUUUGUCAAGAGAAAUUCCAUAUGAAUUCCUUUGUAUGAGCCUGCUGCUAUAGUAUUCUAUGCAGUGAUGUUAAAAAUAAACUACGGAACAAAGUGCUUUUUCUGAAAAUAUACCAAUGAGAUUAGCAGAGUUACUAGCUGUUUUCUCACUUAAUAUAAAUUGCCUGCCUGGUUUUAUUGCCUGCUGAAGUGUUAAGGAGAUGUUCCUCUAAAUAUUUUGCUUCUAAUGCUUUUCUGCCUUCAUUUUGCCAUUUCAGAUAAUGAAGGGAAGAUGUUUAAUUUCCCAAAAUGUUUAUCUCUAUCUGGCACUUCAAUCACUGAGUGGCAGGCUAAGUUGCCAUAACAGUGCACUGACAUACUAAACGGAUUGUAUCUUUCCAUGAAAAGGCAAACGAAACAAGAUUAUUCUGACGUACAGUAUCAUAAAACUUAUAUGCCAUUUAGAUGCUGAAUUACUUUAGAGAGUAAUUUUGCUGGGAAACUUGAAAAUUUUCAGCAGGUGUUUUUCCUGAUGUAGCAGAUGUACAAAAUCUGCUCAAAGUACCCUUUCUUUGCCAACAGAAAGGGAAAUUCUGUCAACAGAAGGGAAUUUCACCAUUGCACGGAAAAUAUUUAAAUUUUUGGAAGUUAGAAUGGGUAUGAUAAAUGGAGCAUUUUUGCUUUUCUAAAAAUAACACAGGUUCUUUCCAAAUGUUUCCUGAAGUAUAUCUAACACCACUGGCUGGUGUUAAGAUACUUGUGCUCUGUCAGUCAAGUUAUAAACUAGGGGAGAGAGAAACUUCUCAGGAGCCAAUCCAUUCCCAAACUGGGGAAAGACUUUAUCAAGAAUUAUGGACCAUUAUUCACCAGCUCAUAAUUUGCUUGAAGUGCAGAUACAUUUCUAGAUGCCUGCCUUUUCUAACUAACAUAUGCCAUAGUCAUGUGUCUGAGAUGCCACACACCCGUUUCUUUCUCUCCCUUCAGAAGGAGAUUUAGCACAGUACCAGUGUAGCUGGGCACUUUUUGCAGUAUCAGAAAGCAACAGCAUAUGAGUAUUAGGACAUACAAGCAAGAACCGAAGAAAUGACUGAAAGUGACCUUGAACCAAAAUAUUGCUGUCUCUUCUGGAGUUCUUGUACGUUUUGGCCUUUGGUCACGAAUAAUUGUGUGUAUGUGGGUGGGGAUGUUAGGAGAAUUGGGGGCUUACGUCUAGUGAUGUAGUGAACCCCCAAGUUAAUUUCUGCAUUUUCCCAUUAUUUCUCUUUAGCAAUUCAUAUCCAUUUAAUAAUGUAAAAAAAUUCUAAAUACAGUUACGUUGUUGCUGUUCAGUGCCAAUGCAGCAAAGUAUACAUAUUUGCUUGAAAUUUGAAUGUAAAUUAAUUACUUUUAGUCUAUUUUCCUUUUAAGGAGUUAUUUUCAGCCUUGAACAACCUAUGGUUUACUGAAGCAAUUUUAUUCUCAAUUCAGAAUUGAAUUACUAAACAUGAUUGUAAAAUGUAGUCAGGAUGUUUUUUCUCAUGUUUUCAAAGUUGACAUUAAUACUAACUAUGCAAAAGCAUCCAAAUUAUACAGAAACAGGACAGUAAAAUAAAUACAUCCACUCUAUCUAUGAAACUAUUCCCUAGGCACUAUUAUUUCUAAAAUUUUCAUUUUUGGCAUAAUUCUGUACUUAUUUCUUUGGUAAUUUAAGUGAUACGCACUGCAAUUUUCUUUAAAUCUUGAAGCUUUGUCUCUUAUUGCUCAGAAGACUUAGUGAAAAUUCAUUCAAUCUUGUACCAAUGAAUUGAACUCAAGAGAAAACACUUGUAAAUUGCUUACAAAGUAAUCUGAAAAGUUUUUCUUUUAUGCUCUGCUGUAGGUCUGUCAAUUAUACACUGUAUAAAAGUUCUUUUCUGUUCUUCCUGCAUACCAGAGAUAACAAUAAUCUUACAUGCAAACUUACAGCUGAGUAAAUAUGUUGUUCACCAUGAAGUAAUGAUAAUUAUAGGACUAUAAUAUUACUCUUCCUUUAUUUUCUGAGAUAGCAGUCAUUCUGAAAGUUUCCCAUUUUAUUUUACUUCUAGAUAAAUAUAGGUUUCUUAAAAUCUUGAAAACCUGUAACUACAAGAAGUUUCAAGAAAAUCAAGGUGUGUGUCAGCAAGUAUCUUAGCCUAAUAAUCUGUCCUUUACUAACAGGUUUUAAUGUUUAAUGGACGUGUUUGUUUCUCACAUAUUUUUUCUCCUUUCAGAGAUAAGUGGAAUUUUUGGGUGGAAUGACUUUGUUAGAUUUUGUAUUUCUUUUUUUUUUUUUUUUUUUGUGCAUGUCUGUGAUUUUCUGGGCCAUUGAACAGAUGAUAACGUUUCCUUAUUAAAUCAGAGAAAAGUCAUCCUUACUGUACCUUUUGCCAAUUACAUUCACUCUAUUGCUUUCCUUUUUUAGAUACCAUUUUUACUUGGGUUUAGGUCUGCCAGGCUUUUCAUCACCCUUGCUGGAUCCUGGGUGUCUGCCACAUACCAGUUAAUGUUGGGAAAAAAUCAAUCCUAUUUCUAAGAAUGAGUCUAGAGAAAAGUGAACUAAUUGGUCAAUGUUUAUUUUAAACAAAAUUAAGUCUGGUUGCCCGUUCGCUGAUUUACCAGCGAAGUGUGGACUUUCUCCUAUUAAAAAGUAUUCCUGUCAUAAGCUUUUAAAAAAUUGCAACUUGUGUAGGAAAGAUGUUUUGACACAUGCUACCAAAAUUCUAUGCCUAUGAGCAAGCUUGAGCUACUUGCAGCUUGUAGGGGUAAGCAGGCUCUGCAAUCCGUAUGCUUCAUGCUGUUACAAGGGUCAAGCAAAUGAACCUAUGAGACUUCCAGCAGAAAAUAAGAGAAUAGCUUUGAGAAGUAUGAACAAAGCUUAUCCUUUGCUGAAAAUAAGGAAAAAUGGGAGGGGAGCUGCUUUUGAAUAUACUGCUGCAUCACAUCCAGUCUCCCAUACGCACAGUAAUCAUAUUAGAAGAUUCAGAAUUUUCUGCUGCUUUUUGUUAAACAGCCCAAACCAUGUUUUUUAAUUGGCAAGCGGCAGAACUUAAAGCAGUGCACUGACCAGGUUUCUCUAUGAUUUUGGUCUUUGUAAUGUGCAAAUAUCUACAAUUUUGCAAGCUGCUUGUUUAGUGCUUCUGAACUUUACUUUAAAAUCUAUACUUGGAUUACCCAAAUGUAUUUGUUGAUCUCUUCUGAACCCUCUUAUAUUUUUAAAUUAAUUUGAUAAACUAAUCCUGUAUUAAAUACGCUGGAUAUGGUUUAUAACAAGUUAAAUCUAAUAUAAACUUAGGUUGAGCACUUAGAAAUUUAGAUUGCUGCCUUUGGACCUCUAUGUUCACAAGUUCAGGUUUUAUUUUACUCAGUUGCUGGACAUGAAAAUCUGAUUUAAACAAUAAGCCACAUUCUCAGUUUAUAUAGAUCAGCUAAGCUCCAUUAAAAUAAAGCCCCAGAUUUGGGUGAAAUUAAGAAUUUGAGAUUUGGCUAAAGUUCUAUAUCUAACAUGACACUCCCUUGCCACAGGAGAUUAAAGCUAAAGUGCUGAGGUCCUGCAUAAAGGCCCAAGUUGACUGAAUCUCCCUCCCAUAUGAUAACUCCUGAGCAGCUCUGGUGUGUGGCUCUGUUUUCCCGUGUGAGAGUCUGGAGGAGCAGGUUAUGUGGGCAUGGACAAACUGAUGAGAGUUCCUUAGUAUUGUGUUUGCACUAAACCAUGAGGAGCACUUCUCAGCAGGAUGUAGAAGUUUUUUGGCAUAUUCCUUACACAUCCUUUUUCUUGGUUGUCCUCUCAGUGACCUUCCUCUCCCCUUUACUGUUCUACAAAAUAUUAGAGGUUCUACUGGAAAGAGGGCUGCAGAGUAGGACACAUUUUACAGGAUUUGGUUUAUAAGACCCAUUAGAGAGGUCUGAUUCUGGAAGAAGGUCACAAGUGUGUGCUCUGAAACAAGUCUCUCACUUUCCUUAUAGUUCAAGAUCUUAUGGAACUUUUUGUCUUCUGAAAAAAAAUCUAUAAUCCUUGUCUGAUUCAUAUUUCUGUAAUUAGAGUCCUCUCCUAUUCCAUAAUUCAUAAGCCAAGAUACAGUCUGCUUUGUUUGCAUUUUCAUGAGGCUAUCACUUGGCUGAUUUUAUUGGAGUGUGAUUUUGACAAUUUUUGCUUGGAUUCUUCCUUAAUUCUUUUGUUAUCUUAUGCAGAAACUUUGCACAGUUAGUCUAUCAGGCUAUAUGAAGGGUUAUCAAUGAGAGGAUAAUUUUAUCCUGCAUUUAAUAUUGAACAUUAGGAAGACAGGAAAUUUUGAAAUUGAGCCUUCAGUUCCCCUGAAUUAAGGGAAAAUAUAAAGAAAUUUGUAAAUGGUUUUUAUUUCUUAAAAGCAGUAUCAAGGCAUAUUUUCACACAUUCUUUUGUAAUUUCAGAAAUUUUAAUUUAAAGCUGAAAAACAGCUUAAUAUAAGGGUUCAGAUUAAGCAAGCACAUAUAUUAUCAAUGUCUAUCUGUUUAAAAUGGCCUUGUGACCAUCUAACAGAAUAUGCAUUUGGUGUUUUAUUAAAGUAAUAAUAUGUGUGGGAUAUUCAGCGGUGUUUUCCCAAUUGUGGUCAAAGUAGUUUGGAGAAUUCAAACAUAACAAAAACAGUCUCAUGACACUUGGAGAUCCUCUUUUUUUUUGUUUGUUUGUUUUUCCAUGUCUAUCUAAUACAGUGUUACUACACUGCUUUUAAUAACUUCAUUUCUACUCCAGAAAAAAUUAAACCUGUGCAUUGAACAAGCACAGGAAAGCAAUCUUCAUUGCAUUUUCAGAAGUAGUAUAAUUUUUUCUCAUGGGCUUGAUUAGUUAUGCCAUAGAGACUAAAGAACAAAGCUGUUAAACCCACUCCAGUAUUACCAGUAACAGUUUAAGUGAAGAGGCUCAAAUGGGUAACUGAAGAAUGUGCGUGCCAAUAAGAUUCAAGCAUUCAUUAGCUAUAUUUCUAUAUGAAGAUCUUGGAAAAAGUUUCACAGAUUAAAAAAAAGUACAAAAUGUGCAAGAAAGGGUACAAAAAAUUACAAAAAUAUGGAAGAUUGCUGACCAAGAUUUGGUAUAAUAUGUCUAUGUUCAAGAUCUUUUAUUCCAGCUCAGAAGUCCUUUGUCUUUGUGUUUUUGCAAACGUACAAUUCAUGUUAAGAUUUUAGCCCUAUUUUUAUUUUGCUUCAUGUGAUUGCAAAACUUAUUUUCAUGCAGUAGAAGGAGGAUUGGAACACUAUAGAAGAUAUGUGAAAACAAAGAUAAUUGUUACACCUCAUGGAAUAAAGCACCAAAGUUACAACCCUUGAGUUCCCCAGGCCUACAGGUUCAGUCAGCUGAGUAUAAAUCUUGGCCAGCGUCUGAAUUUUUACUAUCAUGUUUAGUUGCUGUAACCCAUAUUAUGGGGUGUGGUGGAAUGUCAAUGUUUAAAAUCAUCCAUAUCCUGAAGCAAUACCUCUGAAUAAAUGGUGGGAAGCAGAAAGGAUCUGAAAAUAACCUGAUGCUAUUUUUUUUCCUUUCAAAUGCUCAGUCCACUAAGGGGAGGUGGCUCUUCUUUGCUGGGUGCAGUCAAGUAUUACUUUUCAUUUGGUCCACACUCUACUGUACAUUAAAAUCAUGUUCAUUCUUUAAUGCCAUCUUUCAUGAAUAAAAGCAAACUAAUAAAAGUCUCUGAAAGAACUCA